GAGAGAGAGAAGGGAAAGAAAAAAAUUUCACAAGACACUGGACGCCCCGGGAAAGACACGGAAGAGGUUUAACCAGACGUUCUCAUACGUACCAGUAACUACUUAAUCGAACUUCGAAGCUCACCUGAAGCAGAAGCAAUGGCGUUGGCGAGAGCAAGCUCUGGCCUCGCUUACCCGCAGAGAUUCUAUGCUGCUGCUUCAUAUGUUGGUUUUGGUGGAUCUCCAAAUUCAUCUAAAGGCGUGAUUUCGAAGUUCCAGAACGACACCGCUUUGUUGCUUUACGGAUUAUAUCAACAGGCAACAGUGGGACCUUGUAACAUUCCUAAACCUCGAGCUUGGAAUCCUGUGGAGCAAAGCAAAUGGACAAGCUGGCAUGGUCUUGGAAACAUGGCCUCAACAGAAGCAAUGCGUCUUUUUGUGAAAAUCUUGGAGGAAGAAGAACCGGGGUGGUAUUCGAAUGUACCUGAAUUUGUGAUCGAGCCUAUUGUAGAUGUGGAGAUGAAUGUGAUUUCUUUGGAAAAUCCAAAAUCUGAGUCAGUCACUCAGAACGGGAACUCCUUUCCCGAGCCAAAGGCUAUCAUCACCGAAAAUGGGAGCAUGGAGACUCAGGAUAAGGAUGUUGUAUUGGAGGGCCUUGGUUCAGUUGGUGUUUAUGAUCAAUGGGUUCAACCUUCAAUAUCUGGCCAACGUCCAAAAGCACGAUACGAGCAUGCAGCAGCUGUGGUCCAAGAUAAAAUGUAUAUUUUUGGUGGAAAUCAUAAUGGUCGUUAUCUUAAUGAUCUUCAGGUUCUGGAUUUGAGAAGUUUGACAUGGUCAAGAGUAGAGGCUAAGGCAGGUACCGAGUCUCUAGAAUCACCGUCUCCAGUACGCAUGGCUCCCUGUGCUGGUCAUUCCUUGAUAACAUGGGAAAAUAAACUUAUUUCUAUUGCUGGACAUAUGAAAGACCCUUCAGAGACUGUCACAGUGAAGGCAUUUGAUUUGCAAGCAUGUACUUGGUCAACCUUAAAGACUUAUGGAAAACCACCGGUCUCACGGGGAGGUCAAUCAGUGACCCUUGUUGGGUCAACCACUUUAGUCAUGUUUGGUGGUGAAGAUGCAAAACGAGCUCUCCUUAAUGAUUUGCACAUUCUUGACCUUGAAACCAUGACAUGGGAUGAAAUUGAUGCUGUAGGUGUGCCACCAUCUCCAAGGUCUGAUCAUGCUGCUGCAGUACAUGCUGAGAGGUUCCUUCUUAUCUUUGGUGGGGGUUCGCAUGCCACAUGUUUCAAUGAUCUCCAUGUCCUUGACUUGCAGACAAUGGAAUGGUCAAGACCAACACAACAGGGCGAUAUACCAAGUCCAAGGGCUGGCCAUGCGGGUGUAACAGUAGGGGAGAACUGGUUUAUUGCUGGUGGAGGCAAUAAUAAGAGUGGGGUUUCGGAAACUGUUGUGCUUAAUAUGUCCACUCUUGUUUGGUCAGUUGUAACCACUGUCCAAGAACGUGUACCUCUUGCAAGUGAGGGCUUGAGUCUGGUCGUGAGUUCCAACAAUGGUGAAGAUAUUCUAGUGUCCUUUGGAGGAUACAAUGGGCGGUACAGCAAUGAGGUUUACGUUAUCAAACCAAGCCACAAAUUUACAUUGCAAUCUAAGAUGAUGGAGAGAGCUGUGCCUGAUGGUGUUGCUGCUCUGCAUAAUCCAACGAAUGCUGCCAGAGAAGUGGAGUCUGAAAUUGAAGCUGGGCAAGAAGGAAAUAUAAGGGAAAUUGUGGUGGACAACAUUGAUUCAGAGUCCUUGAACGUAAAAGGUGAGGAAAACAAAGAACGAAUUCUAGCGGCCCUGAAGGCAGAAAAAGAAGAAUUGGAAGCAUCACUUACAAAGGAGCAGUUGCUGUCCCUUCAGCUGAAGCAAGAAUUAGCAGAAGCUGCAACACGAAAUACAGACCUUGUGAAGGAGCUUCAAUCUGUCCGUGGUCAGCUUGCUGCUGAGCAAUCAAGAUGCUUUAAACUUGAGGUUGAUGUUGCAGAGCUGCGGCAGAAACUUCAAACAAUGGAGACCUUACAAAAGGAACUUGAGCUGCUCCAAAGACAAAAAGCUGCCUCCGAACAGGCAGCCUUAAAUGCAAAACGGCAAAGCUCGGGUGGUGUCUGGGGCUGGCUUGCAGGCACCCCUGCGUUAGAAAGCUGAUGAAGCUUCAGAGUAACAUGUAGUUUUGUUUCAUCCCCUGUCUUAUUAUUUCUCUCCCCAACAACCCCACCCUAAAGAAAAAAAAAAAGAGAAAAUUCCCCAACCCAAAAUUGGUUUUUUCUAGUGAUGGAAAUAAGAGAUUUAAGUUUCUGUUGAUUAAUAUGAUGCCUAGGGCUUCUGCUUAAUCAUAUUUUGUAAGUCCACCUGUAAUUACAUGCGGCUCGAUCAGCAUAUUGUUUUGCUUGUUACCAUUUUUUAUGUAAGAAGUUAUAUUCUAAAGGAAGAAGAAUGGGUCCCAGAAAAGAUUUCUAUUUA